UUGCCAAGUUUCCUAAUGAUUAAAAAUAAUAGUGUUUCCAAAGCAGGAGCCAAACUGAAUGUGGAAUUAUCUUCUUGGUUUACAGAUAUCCUCGUCGAUGGCAAGCUUUGUGACUGUGACGUGGUGGUGGACUGCAAAGUGGGUGACCCCGUCCCACUGCAGGUGAAGCUGACCAACUGGAGCAAGCACAGCGUGGGACCCUUCGCGCUCACCAUGACGCCCUACCAGGAUUACCAGAAUGGGGUGCAUAACUAUGAGCUGCAGGAUGCCAUCACUUUUGUGGGAUCCAACACCUUCUACAUAGAUUCUGUAAAGCCAACCAAAAACUCUGUGUACUUUGGAGCACUUCUUUUCCUCUACACGGGCGAUUUCUAUCUGAAUAUCAAAUUCCAUGAAGACAACUGCAGCAAGGAGCUGCCUCUCUCCUGGUUCUGCCUUCCUAGUGUCCACAUCCGUGCUAUGGAGCCCGUAGCCAAAGCUAAGCUGUAAAUGUGCUGUGUGCUAUUUGAUUAACAGCAGUAUGCAGAAAUGCUUGGCACAUCCUCUGCUUGACCCCAGCUUGUUUCUGUCCAACCCCAGGCCACAGUCCCUAUUUUGGAGGAACAGCUGAAUGCUGUCUGAAUUCUCUGAUAGUCAUUUGGGCAGCUGCUAUUGCUAAUUUCAGAGAGAGACAGAUUAUAACCAUGCUAGAGUUUUCCUCUAAUUCCAAAAAAUCUUUGAAACUGCUAGUAUAUGCAUCAUACUUUCAUACAGCCUAUUGAGAUCAGAGGAUUUGGGAGAGCCUUAAGUGCUAAAUUUAAGAGGGUUGAACUUAACCAUGUGUUUGAAGGUCUCUGCUCCAACUUAAAUAAUCCCUCUUAAGCAUUUCAACAAGAGUUGAAAUUUCUGUAUGAAUUUCCUCCUGGCUUACACUGGAUUUACAUUACCCUAGGAGUGUAGGUUCUCUGUCAGAAUAGUUCUCAGACUUGUUGUAGUUUACUUUUCUGCUGAGUAUUGGGUGUCUUUCGUGGUAAAUAGGAGUAAAGAUGCCUUUUCCUGUGCUACUGAAAGUAAAAAUAGUAAAUAUGCCUCCAGUUAUUCUGUUCACCCCCUGAGCUGAGUGGCACUUGCUCCUGGUAGAGUCACUGCCUUUGCUUUGGUAGAUCUAUUAAGAGAUGAGAAAAGGCAAUGGGAAGCUAAAGAGUUUGUCCUUGAGAAAGGAAAUAAGUCAACUUCUGGGUUGCCUGGGGCUUGCCUGUGAAUUUGGGCUUUCAUUGUUCUGUUUUAUACAAUGACAACAGAUUGAAAUGUUUUCAGAUGCUUAAAGAACCACCAAAAUUAAUCAGCUGGCCACUCUUAUCACUCUGAAUCAGUUUUUGCAAAAUCAUUGGAUCUGUUUUUUCAUACUAGUAGACUGGCUUUGAUUAUGUGGUUGAGUAGUUGUUAUUUUUUUCCCCUUCUUUUGUUUAUUUUGUUGUAGUUAGUAAGACUAAUUAGUAGGCAAUUAAGGGCAUGGAAUUCCUGACCAUAAACUCCAUGAUGAGUCUACUGAAGAUUCAACCUGUUGUCUUUCAGAAAAACAUUUUUUUAGAAAGAAACUCAAACUUUCUCUGUAAAGCAGGGAGGUGUCUGAUCUGCAUGAAUGUGUUUCUAACCUGUCUGAAUCUUUCCUUAAAUUUACAGUCUGCAGCUCUUCAUGGUAGAUUAAUUUCAGGGAUGAAUACACCAAGAUGCAGCGGCAGUGCUCAAAUUAGCUCUAUAUGUGCUAAACCUACAUGCACAACCCCUUUGCAAUUUUUUUUUUAGUAGAUUUCAUCCUAAAGUGGAACCACGUAGCUUGGCCCAUGCUGGUCAUGCUUGGAUAGUUGCUCAUUCUGGCUCUGCACUGUGCUCAGUUGUACUCUUAGAUGUGACUGGUGUUUUCCUUAGGAACAUAACAGUGCUCAAAACAAAAUUCAUUGCAUGUUUGCAAAUAACUGUAAUGUAUCCAUCCUCACUGUUUUAUUAUAAAUUGAGGAAAAUAUAUAGCUUUAGCAUGAUAGCUGUGUCUCCAGUGUAUACAGGGUAUUAUCUCCACGACUGUAUUGUGAUAAUGUUAUCAGUGUUUGCUCCUGAGCUGUGGCUCUGUACACAGAGUGGAAGUCUUCAGACUUAACAUGUUGGAAAUCAGAGACCAACUGAAGAUUUACUAGCAGUGAUGUACUGCUCUGUCAGCUGCCAGCACACAAUGUCCACUAACAGAACUCUUCCUUUGAUUGUACAGUGGCUUUGGGCCAGAGACACCCUUGGAAAGAGGGUCAAAGGCAGCCAAGCUGGACAUGUGUUUCUGUUGGUGGAGGUUGGUUGACUAGUUCUGUGCCAUAAGGCUGAAUUCUCUGUCACUGCAUAGGCGUAUACACAGAAAAAUAGCAUCCCAGGAGAUCAGGAAUUAAACCAGUUAAUCUUUUCCGUAAAAGCUUGCUUUUGACAUGUGUCUCUCUGCUAUGUUACACAACAUUGUUGCAGCAAAAUCCAAAUUGGGUUUCAUUCAGUAUUCCCAGCAGGUAAUCUGCAGAUGCUAGGAAUACAGCUACGACUGUGUAGGGACCACAUUGCAUUUGAAACAAAAAUAUUGCGAAGCAGAUGCUGUGCAGUCAGGGUGCUUCAGCUUACCCAGCAAGGGAUCAUUUCCCAGUAUGUUUUUGAGAGUGUUCUCUAAGAACAGCGGGUAUUGCUCCUGUGAAGCCUGUACUGAGCUGCAAUACUCCUCUGCCUUUUAUACAAAGGGGGUGAUCCCCAGCCCACUGAAGCUGCUGGAGUGGGAACAGGUUUUAUUAUAGCAAAAGAUAGCUGCGUAUUUCCUGGGUUUCCAACAUGCCAUUAUAAAUCUGCCAUUUGCACUCAUAAAUAUGUGUUUUAUGAGUGAGCUGAUCCUUAAUGAUCUAUCUGUUCAUUAUAUAGUACACCAGUCUGUCCCUUGUCAACUUUGAGGCUCAGCUACUUUUGGCAUUUAUGAUACCUUUCCCAAUUUCCUUACACUUUUACUUGUCUUGGUGAGAGAGAUGAAACACAAGAAAUUCUUUCUUCUGGGGAUCAUUUGUGACUUGACCAGAAGUUACAGUACGUAUAAUUUGGAGAAGUGGUAAGAGAAGGUACUUGAAAUGAGAAUACUGCUUUUGGUUUUCUUUUUAAUGGAAGCUUUCAUUGGAAUUGCUGUCAAGAUCAGUCUUUGCAGUGGCUUGAGUAAAGGAUGAUAUUUUCCUGAUCUGCUCUCCUUUUCUACAAUGGAAAAUUUGUUUUUCUUUCUCCAAACCACCCAGAUAUUACUUUGAACACGAUGAGCCAAACUGCAUUGAUACACAAUCUUGUAUGAUUCCACUUGGUUGAAUUAAAUCAUUCCUAAUAUAAUCACCAUUGCUGAGAGCAGGAGUUGGUUCAGUAUAUGUAUGCAUUGGGGAAACUUAAGUUAUGUAAAUCUAAUUAUCUGAAUAAAUACUUGUGUUAUUUACA